UCAUAGGAAGGGGGCGUAGCCAGCGGUGGCGGCCGCUCGCCCCGUUCCUACGUGGUUCUCCUGGUUUCCCGUCCCCCCCACCUUUCUUGGGUGUCAUUGCAGGAGACACGGGAGUCAUUCCGGAGUGAAACCUCCUGUGGCACCUACAUGCAAAGGCCGCAGUGUAGAAUGGGAGGUUGAUAAUGUCGCCGAGAACCACUGCGAGGGUUUCUGCCCGCCGCGGGGAGAGCAUAGCCGGGUCGUCCCCUCCCGCGAGCCCCGGCUGGGUCUGCGUGUAGGCAGGAAGGACAGGCAGCCGCUGCAGCGCCGGGCGAAACCCUUGCGGGGGGACACCUCAGGGCUUAACAUGGCUUAGGGCAACUCAAGAGAUAUCCUGGGGAGACACGAGGACACUGGCAGGUGGUAGGUCCCCAGUCCCAUAGAAAGUCUGGGGGCUGCUGGCGUUGAGUGCGCUGCUGAAGGAGUGACCCCGUUGAGAGCAUGCUGUUCUGCUGGAACUGUCACCGCUCAACACUGCCGGGGCUGGCUCAGACCCACUGUCACCCUCACACAGCCAAGAACUCAAAAGAGCUCCUGCUCCCCCCUCUUGCACCCCUUGUUUUUCGGACGUACUGGAUCCAAGAUUACGCAGGCUCCGGGCAGCUGCGUCUGGUGGGCGGCGGCGGGCGCUGUGCCGGGCGCGUGGAGGUGAAGCACGACGGUGAGUGGGGCUCCGUGUGCUUCUUGGGGCGGGACGGGGAAGCUCGCUGGGCUGAGGUGGUGUGCCGGCAGCUGGGCUGUGGCCGGGUGGCCAGGGCGUCCUCGUCCGCCCCGUUCGGGCAGGGCAGCGGGCGGAUCUGGCUGCAGCCCUUCUUCUGCCGCGGCACCGAGGAUGGGCUGGAGGACUGCUCACACUUCGGUUGGGGCUGGCAUUUCUGCGGCCACGAGCAGGAUGUGGGGGUGAUCUGCACAGGUGAGUGGACACGCUGGCCGGCUGGGACAGCCACCUUGUUCUGGAGCAUCGCGGGCUGGUCUGAGUCGUGCCGGUGCCCCUGUGCAGAUGCUGUGGAGCUGAGGCUGUCGGGCGGUGGCAAUCCCUGUGCCGGGAGGGUGGAGGUGAAGCUGCAGGGACACUGGGGCUCGGUGGCAGACUACAACUGGGACAUGAAGGACGCCGAGGUGGUUUGCCAGCAGCUGGGCUGCGGCUCGGCUUCCGGAGCCCACUUCGCCGUCGAGCACUUUGGCCUAGGGGACGGGCUCGUCAGCCUGGCCCUGGUGGACUGCAGUGGGGACGAGGCCACGCUCUGGGACUGCGAGAUCCGUGGCUGGGGACCCUAUAACAGCAGCAUCAAUGAUUUGGACUCUGCCGUUGUCUGCCAAGGCUUUUCACGGCUGGUUGGUGGCGAUGGAGGCUGUGCCGGGCGGCUGGAGGUGCGUCAGAGCCGGGCCUGGGUCGGUGUCUGUGAGGAUGAGGUGGACAUGAAGGUGGCCCAGGUGGUGUGCAGGGAGCUGGGCUGCGGUGAGGUGGUCGCGAUCGCCGGCAGUGGCCGUUUUGGGGCGGCGUCGGGAUCGCUCUGGGACGGGGGCUUCCAAUGCAAUGGCAGCGAGCCCCUGCUCAGUGCCUGUGCCCGGCGUCCGCCCCAGAGCCAGGCCUGCACUGUCCCUGCCAGCGUCAUCUGCUCCUCCUACAUGGGCUUCCGGCUGGAGAACGGCAGCUCGGGAUGCUCCGGGCGAGUGGAGGUGGCAGUGAGGGGGACGUGGGGCUCGGUGUGCGCCAGCGAGUGGGACCUGGCCGAUGCGCACGUCCUGUGCCGCCACCUGGGCUGCGGCCGCGCCUUCAGCGUGCCCGCGGGAGGCUCCUUCGGCAGCGGGGAGGGGCCGCUGCGGCCGGACGCCUUCGGCUGCAGCGGGAGCGAGCGGCACCUGGGCGAGUGCCCCGUGGCCGUGCUGGGGAAGCCCCCGUGUGCCCCCGGAAACGCCGCCGCCGUCAACUGCUCAGGUGUUGGCUUUGUCCCAUCCCUGAGGCUGGUGGGUGGUCAGAGCUUGUGCGAUGGGCGCUUGGAGGAGACCAUAACCAGCCCAGCCUGGCGCCGUGUGUCUCUGGAGCAGUGGAAGUCAUGGGAUGUGUACAUGGUAUGUGCGGUGCUGGGCUGUGGCCUUCCCAAGGAUGUUUACACUGCCUUGGGUAGCCCUCCUGCAUCGAGCAGCAGCCCUAGCGAGGUGGACAUCAUGACUGAAGAGAUGGACAGCAUUUCGGGCAUGGGCCCUGCAGCAAACAGCAGCCUUGAGGAGAUGGUCAUUGUCUGCUCAGGCAGCCUGCAGGUGAGGCUGGUGGGGAGCCCUGGGCGCUGUGCCGGCCGUGUGGAGGUCUAUUCCGGAGGCAGCUGGAGCUCGGUCUGCGGGGAAGGCUGGGAGCUGCAGGACGCGGCCGUUGUGUGCCGGGAGCUGGGCUGUGGCACGGCCCUGGAGGCCCCGGGCUGGGCGCGCUUCGGUGCCGGCACGGGGCCGCUGUGGCCGUACAGCCCCGACUGCUCCGGCUCCGAGGGGUCUCUGUGGGAAUGCGGGCGCACGGAACGGCGCGAGUGCGGGAGCGGCGGCGGGGCAGGGGCCGUCUGCUCAGAGCAGCUCUCCGUGCGGUUGGCAGAGGGCCCUGGGCGCUGUGCCGGGUUUCUGGAGGUCUCCUACAAUGGAACCUGGGGCCGCGUGUGCGCCAACGGCAACAGCCCCGGCACUGCUGCCGCCGUCUGCCGCCAGCUGGGCUGUGGGGACAGGGGGCAGCUCUCGGCUGUGCCUGCCCAGGAGCCGACCGAUGCCUGGCUGGCCUGGGUGGGCUGUGAGGACGGGGCCCGCUCGCUCUGGCAGUGCCCCUCAGCACCCUGGCACCUGCAGAGCUGCAGCCCAGGCGAGCACGUCCAUGUGGAGUGUGAGGAGCACAGUGAUGGCACCACUGAGGGACACACUAGCCCAUAUGCAGAGGGUGGCACCAGUACAGGUGUCCCCAGCAGAACGCGCCUGGCAGUGGCCGUGGCGUCAGUGCCUGUGCCCACUGUGCUGUGCGUGGUGCUGGGGACGCUGCUGUGCCUGUCCCUGGGUGCCCUGGCCCUGCUGCUGUGCCGUGCCCGUGCCCAAUGCCGAGGCCCUGGCAGAGCUGCAGAUGCCAUCUCCAACGCUGUCUACGAGGAGCUGGAUUACAAAGCCAUGCCCGAGUACCAGGAGGUGCCCACUCCCCCAGGUUCCCUGUUGGAGGGAUGGGUGAAGAAGCUGCCGUAUGACAGCGGGGACAGCGUGCAGGGGAGUGACACUGAGGCAGCCCCAGAUCCCCCUGCCCAGCCCGAUCAAGGAACCCUGGAUGGCUACGACGAUGUCCUGGAUGUGCCCCCCGCUGCCAGCACUGGGGAUAUCUCCGAGGGAGUGGCACAGCAGAGGUGGAUCUGUGUCGUCCCCACAGGUGGGAUCUACUCCCCUCCAUGUCACCCAGGAACCAAUGGAGACCCCUCGGAACAGAUCCCAGAGCACAUGGACUAUGAUGAUGUUGGCAGCAGCACCCUGGGGACAUUGCCACACCCCGCGGUGGCAGGGCAGGCGGGCCAUGGCCCCUGCCUGCGGCACGUCGUGCUCCGGGAGGUUGCCGAUGUUGAGGCCGGGCUGCAGCGCCCGGAGGGCGUCCAGUUCGUGCAGCGGGGCCUGGCUGAAUCCGCCCGUGCUCAGCCUGGGCGUGGAGGGGGCAGGAGAAGAGGAGAAGGUGUCGGAGGCGGGCUGGCGGAGGUGCUGCGAGAGGGGCAGGAGGGCGUGGGCUGUGAGGUGGCUGUGAGGGAGGUGCCGGCAGCUUCUCCCGCAGAGGCAGCCUCGGGACCGCCCGAAGAAUUCGGGGUGGGGUCCAGGCUGGACGCAGGCGCCGCGACAGUCGCUGCUGGAGGCGGCGGGGGCGCGCAAAGAAGAGCCGCCGCGGUCUCUCUCGGUUCCGGGCGCGGGCUCUGCCGCUGCGGGAGGGGGUGGCGGACUGAUCACGGGCGCCGCGGCAGCUGCCGCCGAAGGCGGGGCCACGGGCGGCGGGCGGGGUGGUUCCGCCGCCUGGUCGCCGUCCUCAGCGUUUCCUUGAAUUGGAGGCGGCGGUGGCGGCUCCGCUGUCGCAGCUUCAACAUUUCCCGCCGCGGCAGCAGGCGGGGGCGGGGCCGCCGCUGUCGGAGCCAUCACGGGCUGCGCUGGAGGGGCGGUCGCGGGCGGGGCCGGUGGGGCGUCCUCAGGCUGGGAGGCAGCGAGGGGCGGUGCCAGAGGCGGCACCGCCACCGCCGGAGAGGCGGGCAGGUCCCUCAGUCCCGGGAGGGGCAGAAGAGGCGGCUCCUGCGCAUGCUCCAGGGAGUCAGAAAUAAACCUCUCCGCCGGCGCCUUGGGGGGGGCUGGUUGCCCUCCCUGCGGGGGGAGGCGUCCCACCACGUCCCUGCCGGAGGCCCCAGAGACGGUCCCCAAAUGAACGUGGUCGCCUCUCAAAACCGUGAAAAGCAGCUCCCAAAACUCCUGGGAAACAAUCUCAGAGACUUCCCAAGGGCUCCAGAGGUAUCCGUGAACUCGGAGAUCUCCUGUCCCUUGUGGCCGGGACAGCAGCCACCCACGCACCCAGCCAGUGCCCUCCGGUUCGGGUGGCCCGUCCCACCGGGCCCGGUGUGGGCUCCGUGCUGUGCGUGCGUCUUUGAGCGGAGCAGCCCCGGACAGUGCCCGGUGCCGCAGUGCCCGGCAGCGCGGCGGGAUGGGGCAGGGCAGCUCCUCCCGCCGCCGCACAGCGAGGGACCGGGACGUGGUGCCGGGCAGGAAUGGCUGCGGUGCCGGUGGCUGGGCAGCAGCUGCAGUUCCAGCUGCUCCCUUUGCUCUGCGCGGGAGCCCGGUACGAGAGUCCGGGAAGUGGCGAUCGUUUGCACAACAAAGGGCCGGGGAAAUUGUGGUCCCGGGCAGCGGGGAAAUCAGUGGAGCCGCAACUGUGAAUGGGUGUCAGUGCCAUCAGAGCAAGGGGAUCCCUGCGCUGGGAAUGUCCUGCCAGAGAGUCCUGUGAAGGGCUCCGGGCAGCUGCGUCUGGUGGGUGGCGGCGGGCGCUGUGCCGGGCGCGUGGAGGUGAAGCACGACGGUGAGUGGGGCUCCGUGUGCUUCUUGGGGCGGGACGGGGAAGCUCGCUGGGCCGAGGUGGUGUGCCGGCAGCUGGGCUGUGGCCGGGUGGCCAGGGCGUCCUCGUCCGCCCCGUUCGGGCAGGGCAGCGGGCGGAUCUGGCUGCAGCCCUUCUUCUGCAACGGCACCGAGGACGUGCUCAGGAACUGCUCGCACUUCGGUUGGGGCCGGCAUUUGUGCGGCCACGAGCAGGAUGUGGGGGUGACCUGCACAGAUGCUGUGGAGCUGAGGCUGUCGGGCGGCGGCAAUCCCUGUGCCGGGAGGGUGGAGGUGAAGCUGCAGGGACACUGGGGCUCGGUGGCAGACGACAGCUGGGACGUGAAGGACGCCGAGGUGGUUUGCCAGCAGCUGGGCUGCGGCUCGGCUUCCGGAGCCUACUUCGCCGUCGAGCACUUUGGCGUAGGGGACGGGCUCGUCAGCCUGGCCCUGGUGGACUGCAGUGGGGAUGAGGCCACGCUCUGGGACUGCGAGAUCCGUGGCUGGGGACCCUAUAACAGCAGCAUCAAUGACUUGGACUCUGCCGUUGUCUGCCAAGGCUUUUCACGGCUGGUUGGUGGCUAUGGAGGCUGUGCCGGGAGGCUGGAGGUGCGUCAGGACCAGGCCUGGGUCGGUGUCUGUGAGGAUGAGGUGGACAUGAAGGUGGCCCAGGUGGUGUGCAGGGAGCUGGGCUGCGGUGAGGUGGUCGCGAUCGCCGGCAGUGGCCGUUUUGGGGCAGUGUCGGGAUCGCUCUGGGACGGGGGCUUCCAGUGCAAUGGCAGCGAGCCCCUGCUCAGUGCCUGUGCCCGGCGUUCGCCCCGGAGCCAGGGCUGCACCGGCCCCGCCAGCGUCAUCUGCUCCUCCUACACGGGCUUCCGGCUGGGGAACGGCAGCUCGGGAUGCUCCGGGCGAGUGGAGGUGGCAGUGAGGGGGACGUGGGGCUCGGUGUGCGCCAGCGAGUGGGACCUGGCCGAUGCGCACGUCCUGUGCCGCCACCUGGGCUGCGGCCGCGCCUUCAGCGUGCCCGCGGGAGGCUCCUUCGGCAGCGGGGAGGGGCCGCUGCGGCCGGACGCCUUCGGCUGCAGCGGGAGCGAGCGGCACCCGGGCGAGUGCCCCGUGGCCGUGCUGGGGAAGCCCCCGUGUGCCCCCGGAAACGCCGCCGCCGUCAACUGCUCAGGCACCGUCGAGUCCCUGAGGCUGGUGAAGGGUGAGACCCGGUGUGAGGGGUUUCUGGAGUUGGCCAUAAGCACCGGGGAGUGGCGCCGUGUGCCAGGAGAGGUUUCGCUCCUUCGGAAUUUGAGCAACGUGUGCUUGGAGCUGGGCUGUGGAGGACUGGAGAAGAGUCGUGUUGUCAUUGGGCAGUGCUUCCUGAGGGAAAUCAGCCAGAAGGAGUGGGACAUCUUAAAAAUGGUUAUCAAAAAAAUCAAGAGGAUGACCACUGAUCUGGCCACAAGGACUAUUUCUGAGAAUUAUUUUUGGGCCGACUACCGGUACAUGACCACUGCACCAGCUGACAUCCCUCAUGGAACCUACAUUGUCUGCUCAGGCAGCCUGCAGGUGAGGCUGGUGGGGAGCCCUGGGCGCUGUGCCGGCCGUGUGGAGGUCUAUUCCGGAGGCAGCUGGAGCUCGGUCUGCGGGGAAGGCUGGGAGCUGCAGGACGCGGUCGUUGUGUGCCGGGAGCUGGGCUGUGGCACGGCCCUGGAGGCCCCGGGCUGGGCGCGCUUCGGUGCCGGCACGGGGCCGCUGUGGCCGUACAGCCCCGACUGCUCCGGCUCCGAGGGGUCUCUGUGGGAUUGCGGGCGCACGGAACGGCGCGAGUGCGGGAGCGGCGGCGGGGCAGGGGCCGUCUGCUCAGAGCAGCUCUCCGUGAGGCUGGCAGAGGGCCCUGGGCGCUGUGCCGGGUUUCUGGAGGUCUCCUACAAUGGAACAUGGGGCCGCGUGUGUGCCAACGGCACCAGCCCCGGCACUGCUUCCGCCGUUUGCAACCAGCUGGGCUGUGGGGACAGGGUCUGGCUCUCAGGUGUCCCUGCCCAGGAGCCGACCGACGCCUGGCUGGCCUGGGUGGGCUGUGAGGACGGGGCCCGCUCGCUCUGGCAGUGCCCCUCAGCACCCUGGCACCUGCAGAGCUGUGGCACCGAUGGGCACGUCCAUGUGGAGUGUGAGGAGGACAGUGAUGGCAUCACUGAGGGACACACUAGCCCAUAUGCAGAGGGUGGCACCAGUACAGGUGUCCCCAGCAGAACGCCCCUGGCAGUGGCCGUGGGGUCUGUGCCUGUGCCCACCGUGCUGUGCGUGGUGCUGGGGACGCUGCUCUGCCUGUCCCUGGGUGCCCUGGCCCUGCUGCUGUGCCGUGCCCGUGCCCAACGCCGAGGUCUUGGCAGUGCUGCAGAUGCCAUCUCCAACGCUGUCUACGAGGAGCUGGAUUACAAAGCCAUGCCCGAGUACCAGGAGGUGCCCACUCCCCCAGGUUCCCUGUUGGAGGGAUGGGUGAAGAAGCUACUGUAUGACAGAGGGGACAGCGUGCAGGGGAGUGACAGCAAGGAAGCCCCAGAUCCCCCUCUGCUUUUCCCAGAUCCCCCUGCCCAGCCCGAUCAAGGAACCCUGGAUGGCUAUGACGAUGUCCUGGAUGUGCCCCCCGCUGCCAGCACUGGGGACAUCUCCGAGGCAGUGGCACGGCAGAGGUGGAUCUCUGUCCUCCCCACAGGUGGGAUCUACUCCCCUCCAUGUCACCCAGGAACCAAUGGAGACCCCUCGGAACAGAUCCCAGAGCACAUGGACUAUGAUGAUGUUGGCAGCAACACCCUGGGGACAUUGCCAUGAGGAUGUCCUGGCCGUGCCAAAGCCCUGGGGACACGUGUGUGGCACUGUGGUGGGGCCCUGUCCCCAGAGAGGGCUGGCCCUGCUCACAGAGAUCAGCCCUUGCUGUCCAGCCUGGCAGGAAAACAGCUCCUGUGUAGGGAUUUUCUUGGAUUUCAGAGUGAAUUUCCCUUUUUUCCUAUUAAAACCCUACCUUGUCAGAGA